UCGCCCUCGGCUUCUGCCUGUCGUCCCAAGAUGGCGGACACAAUGAGCCGGCGCCGCGCCGGUUGGCCCUGAGGCGACUGUGAGGAGGAACGGUCCGCGAGCCCUCGCAGUCCGGGCAUUAGAGCGUCGCACGUGCAGGAGGAAGAAAGGGAGGAGGUGGCCCGACUGUCGGCCGCCUUUGCGCUCGCCGCCGGCGCGGCGUCCGCCCCGCCCGGGUCGGCCCCUCGGCAGCCAGCCCGCCCGCCCGCUCGCUCGCCGCCGGGCCCCGCCCCAGCCCUGCGCCGCCGCCGCCGCCUCCAGCAGCCGCCGCCAUGAAGCUGACCGACAGCGUGCUGCGGAGUUUCCGCGUCGCCAAGGUGUUCCGCGAGAACUCGGACAAGAUUAACUGCUUCGACUUCAGCCCCAACGGCGAGACGGUCAUCUCGAGCAGCGACGACGACUCCAUCGUGCUCUAUGACUGCCAGGAGGGCAAACCAAAGAGAACCCUGUACAGUAAGAAAUAUGGCGUGGACCUCAUCAGAUAUACCCAUGCAGCAAACACAGUCGUGUACAGCUCUAACAAAAUAGACGAUACUAUUCGUUACCUGUCCUUGCAUGACAACAAAUACAUCAGAUACUUUCCUGGACAUAGCAAAAGGGUGGUGGCCUUGUCCAUGUCACCUGUGGAUGACACUUUCAUUUCUGGGUCUCUUGAUAAGACCAUUCGACUCUGGGAUCUCCGGUCUCCUAACUGCCAGGGCCUCAUGCAUCUACAAGGCAAGCCAGUUUGUUCCUUUGAUCCAGAAGGGUUAAUUUUUGCUGCAGGUGUCAAUUCUGAAAUGGUCAAACUUUAUGACCUUCGCUCUUUUGAUAAGGGGCCAUUUGCGACUUUUAAGAUGCAGUAUGAUCGGACUUGUGAGUGGACAGGACUUAAGUUCAGCAAUGAUGGUAAACUCAUCCUCAUCUCCACCAAUGGCAGCUUCAUCCGUCUCAUCGAUGCAUUCAAGGGAGUGGUGAUGCACACCUUUGGGGGUUAUGCCAACAGCAAAGCUGUCACUCUGGAGGCCUCGUUUACUCCAGACUCCCAGUUUAUUAUGAUCGGUUCAGAGGAUGGCAAGAUCCAUGUCUGGAAUGGAGAGAGUGGUAUAAAAGUAGCUGUGUUGGAUGGCAAACAUACAGGCCCCAUUACAUGUUUGCAGUUCAACCCCAAGUUCAUGACCUUUGCCAGUGCAUGUUCCAACAUGGCCUUCUGGUUGCCCACCAUUGAUGACUGACCUUGGUGCUGCUCGGCUGUUUGUGUACAGUGAGGGUGGCCAGCAGGAAAGAACUCAGAGGGGACUGAGAUAAUGGAUUGGAUCAUUUGACUGGGCUGGAGAGCAUCCUUCCACAUGGCCUUCCCAUGGAUGUGCUGUACAUCUGCUCAAAAGAAAAAAAGUACUUUGCCGAGCUUCAUCAAAAAGACUCUUGGUGUGGCAGAUUCUAUCAGGACUUAGAUUUUACAGCUGUCACUGCACUGAGCUCCUCCAGAGGAGUGACCAGAUUCAUGAUUAGGGUAUACUGGGGCCCUCAAGACGCCUUCAAUUUUGAAUGUAUUUGCUGCUGAGGAGCCGGUGAAGUUGUUAAUUCUGCACAUCCCAUCUCCCACCCCCAUAAAUGCAUGGGAAGCCACAGUUCUGGUUUUGAGAUGCUAAGGGCAGCUCAGCACCCCUUGCCCUCACCCUGCAUGUCUUGUUACUGGGUCUCCCUGUGUCAUUGUGGCAUUUUUCCACAGCCAUCAUGUUACUUAGGUGCCAAACAUUUACAGAAGUAAGUCUUCAUAUAUCUUGGGGUAAGAAAGGGAUAGAUACAGAAAGAAGGACCUUGCUUGCCAGGAAGCCUUGUGAGUUAAGUCAUGUGAGGGUGGGUGAUCUGGGCAUGCCUCAGGGCUCCGAGUGUUGGGUGGGAAAUGGCCCAAGAGCCUGAAAGGGAGGAAGUAGGGGUUGCAGGUAGUUUCUAUGGCUGGGAGGUUUAGUGGUAGCCUAGUGUGAUCCCCCGUCAUCAAGACAAACCUGCGGUCUUUCUGGGUGCCUGCCAAGCUUGGUUUUGUACAAAAGCAAGGUGGGAGUCUAUUUUUGUACAUGAGCUACAUCACGCUUUCCUGUGGGCCAGUAUUGUGGAGUGAGUCUGAGUUGUUUACACUGAUGCCUUCCCUGCCCACCACAAAUUGUGUACAGUCUCCAGAUGAUAGCACCCCUUCCCAGCUCCCAAGCAAGAGCUGGCUCUAGGCCUGUGUUAUAUGUUAUAUUUAGCCUUUUUAUAUAUGACAUGGGGUUUCUGUUGUUUGUAUUUUAGCACAGUGUGUACACCUUCCUUUAAAUAUAUCCGUGCGUGCGUACAUAUAUAUGUAUAUGUAUGUAUGCAGAUAUAUAUGUAUAUAGAAUAUGUCAUUUCUCACAGUUCAGCAGAAGGCGGUGGAGUCCGGCAGCCCAGGAGAAAGACUGAAUCUUUGCUAAUAGUGUUUGCCACAAGUGUUAGUGAGUUUCUUUAUUACCUUUAUUCCUUUGGGAGACAGAACGAAGCAAAGCUUCAAGUGUUUGCUGUUCCCAUGGCAGCUAAACGAGGGUCUUGGGAUAACUUCCCUUGUGUUCCUCAAGCCGCACUUUGGGGCCCUUUCUGCAGUAUUAGCCCCUUUUUGCUCGAUGAUGCUCUGUCUGCGCCUAUACAUGUGUGACAGUCACUCCUGCAUGCCUUUUGUGUCUGGCUUCUGGCGUUUGGGGACACGAUGCUGGAACCAGAGCAUUUUCAGUUUGUCUGAAGCUUCUUUUCCAAUUACAGGCCAUUCCUGUUUACCUGGUAUGUCUGCUGCUUUUCCUUGCCUUCUCUUGGAAGGGGGAGAGGUCUUGGUCAGGGUUGCGAUGAGCUAAGGCUGGCUCAUGGCCUUUCCUUCCCCUGCAUGGCCUUCUUAGAGCAGGACCAGUGGCAUAUUAGUUCACUAAGUUCCCAAACAUGUAAGCAGGUCACGUAUUCCCUGCAGUUACAGAAACGGGCUCAACAAGGUUAUGACUUGCCCACGAGUACAUAGCUGCUAAGGGGAAGCAAGCCAUUAACUGCCUUCAUUCAGCAGCAGGAACACGCUGUGAAUUGCUAGCAGUUACAGUUCUGUUUUGUUAGCAGUUACUUUUGACUUGUUCCUCAAACUUAAAGGCCAAGGGGCAUACAUCUUUCCAAAACAUAGACUCGAAUCUGCAGCUUUUCUCCAGUGCCACCCACUAUCUAUAGCUCUGCCUUCUCAAGAGUGGAGGGAUUUUUAGAAAGCAGGUGAUCUGAGCUAUUACUGCCCACUUCUGGCUCUCCAGGGUAGAGAAUUCAUGGUAGGAAUAACUGUUCAGAGUGCUUGAGACUGGGGGUUUACCAGAAGAGCUGCAUGAUGAACAUACCUGCAACCACAGCAGCCACUUGGCUGUCAGCAAGGAAGAUGAUUUCUGUUGAGUUUCUGGUGUCCAAAGCUAAGGUACCAUGUCCUUUGAAAUAUGCACGGCACUGCCUGUCUUUCUAGGGACCCAUGGCUACAGAGCUGGCUCCUGAGUGUGCAAGGAGAGGAAAGAUAGGGCUGGAAGUGACUGGGGACGAUGUGUGGGAAUAAGGCAGAACAAAGGGAGCAGAGGGGCUGGGCCUGCAGGGAUGCUCUCCAUGGAGCCAGGGAUACCCUAGCUCUCCAGGGUGGGAGGGGGCGCAAACCAUACUCUCGAGAGUCUAGGCCAAAGCCACCGAUUUGUAUGUGACACUGCACUGCUCAACCACCAGCCAGUGGGGUGUUUUUUUUGUUUGUUUUUUUAUUUUUUUUUUUUUAGAAAAAAAAAAAACUUCCCUGUUGCAAUCAUAAUUAAUCCUUAUUGAGGAAAUUUGGGGAAUUUUAAAAUGAAUCAGUUUGCCACCCAAAUGCUUACCACUGUUAAUCUUUUGGUGUUAAAUGUUCCUCUAGACAUUUCUGUGCAUAGAUUUUUGGUGUGUUUACAUAGUUGUUAUUCUACUGUAUAUACAAUUUUAUGUCCCUUUUGUACUUAACAUAUAAACAUUUUUUCCAUGUUAACAGUCUUAAACAGAAUUUUAUGGCU